GACCAGUCCGGAAUCGAGAAUUGCGCUUGACAGUUUUGUACACCGAGGACUGUGAGUGGGAAGACAAUCGCACGUCUUGGACGAACGUCGCAAAUUUUGAUUCCUGUUUCGUUCGCUUCUUAGAGGUGACGCGCGACUGUUAUAUCUGUUGGGUUUUAUCAGUUUUGGUGCUCUUCUAUCGCGCAUUAUGUGAAAUUUUUAUCGAAUUACUGGAUACGAUAUCAAUUAGUUGUAGCCAACAAAAAUUUGCACUCUGAAGCAGAUUGUUGUCAUGACUUCAUCUGAAAGGUAGCAGAAAUUUUCAUCAUGACGCGUUGGAUUUUCAUGUUUUUGUUCAAUGCUCUUAUAGCAUUGAGCGGGUGCAGUGACAUUACUACUGCUGUUUUUGGCAAAGAAUUAGAUCGAAUGCCAGCAGCUUUUGGAGACUUUAAUUCAGAUGAAUUGACUGAUGUGUUUGUGCUCACUAAAGAUGCAAAAACUGUGCAGAUCAUGCUGGCGUACAUGGAAGAACCAUUGUUAAGACCAUCAGAAAAGUAUAGUUGCACAUUUAAUAAAAGCAAAAUUACAAGUGUUGUACCUGGUGACUUUGACGGAGAUGUUUUCAUGGAUAUUAUGAUCACUACAGUUAAUAAAGCAAAUGACACAACAUUUAUUAAUGUUUAUAUUUUGUGGGGUGGCAAAGAUGAAUUACAGUGUGCUGAUGAAAGCAAACCUUUAUUGAUAAUGGCUCAUGAACCAUUAGCAAUGGAUUACAAUCAAGAUAUGAUCGUGGACCUUUUUGGGACGGAUCAAAAUAAUGAGAGAAUGUUUUGGGUUUUCAAUGUCAAUAAAACUGCACCAACGCCUAUACCAAUGAAAGCACCAGCUAAAGGAUUAGGUGAAUUGCUACCAAUAAAAAAGCCCCAUGCCAAUGCAUUUUUAGAUCUAAACCAUGAUUUUUAUGCGGAUUUGGUUAUUACAACUGAAAAAUAUUUAGAAAUUUGGCAUGGUAAAGAAAAUGGAUUUGAAUAUUAUAAAAAAAUACCAACUGAUUUUAUAGUUGUUGGGCAGUCUCUCUACCUUGAUGUAGAACUAUUGGGAAGAAUGGAUUUAGUUUUACCCACAUGUGAUGAUCCCCAUUGUUUAAAGUCCAAGAUAAAAAUUUACACUAAUGACAAGUGGUACGAUUUACUCGUUGAUUUCAAAAGCCCUACAGGGGAAACUUGGGGCUUUGUGGUUGGUAACGGUCAACGUUAUACUGAUACAAUUACAAUGAGAGGUGGAGAUUUCAAUAUGGAUGGAUAUCCAGAUCUUUUGGCUACUUUGACUUAUUUUAACAAAACUCAAUCGUUUCUUUUGGAAAAUGUUCCAUGUGAAACUCUUGGUGGAGCACUUAAUAGGACUUUUAAAGUGCGUUGGAAUGCAUUGUAUCCAUUUUCAAAUGAGAGUGCUAUGGCAGUAUUUUAUGACUUUUACCAAGAUGGUAUUUUGGAUGUGAUAUUUGUUCUUAAAGAUAAGGAUAUGUACCAAACAGCUGCUUUUAAAAACAGUUUAGAUUAUGAUGCUAAUUUUGUAAAAGUUAUGGUUCUUACUGGUCGGACAAACAGUAAGUAUCCUAUCUCUCCUGGUACUCUUGGACAGAAAAAAAGGACAUAUGGCACAAAUUUACCUGGCCCAUCAAUUUCUUACAAAACUACUACGCAAGAUGGUAAUAAUCGCCAUGCCCUAGCAGCCCAAUUACCUCAAAGUGCACAUUUCAGUUUGCAUUUACCAUACACUACUUUUGGAUUAGGAAGAACUCCAAAUUUUGUUGACUUAUUAACAGUUGGGCUGGCCAACAAAUCGCGGGAAUAUCCUCAGAUAAUUCCGAAUUCUCAAAUGGUUGUAAUACCAAAUCCUUUGUCAGAUUCUUCAAGAUGGAAAGCUCAGCUUUAUUUAACACCCAGCAAGCUGAUUCUUCUGAGUGCAGCUGCUUUAUCUGCUACAUGCGGACUCAUCACUGCAAUUAUUGCUUCUCUGUACUGGAAAGAGAGACGUGAAGAUAAAAUUGAGAGGUUGCAAGAAGCACAUAGAUUUCAUUUCGACGCAAUGUAAAAUUUCAGCAAAAAGAAUCUUGUUAAAAUGUAAUUAUUUUCUUUAAUUUUUUUUUCAGUGAUUUAAAAUUUUUAAUGUAUUAGUAUUAAAAUGUAUCUCGUUGAGAUAUAACUAUUCUAUUAUCUAAUUAAAAAAUUUAUAAUAUUUUUGUUAAUUCAUGCACUAAAAUAAGUAUAAGAUUAGGUAUAGAAACUGAGUGAGUGGAUAAUUAUUCUAGUUAAAGUUUUACAAGUGUGUUGUAAUUAUUAAAAACUAUUGAGUGGAAAACUGUUACAAUUUUGUACAUAGUGAUAUAACUUCUUGAUAUCUUUUCAAACUUAUUGUGAUUGGUAUGUUAAACUCUAUUUUUUCAUUACAUAAAAAUGAUCACCAUUUUUAUAUCAAGCCAAAAAUCUAACAUUUAUAUGAUAUAUGAAAUUAUAAAAAUUAUUUACCAUA